UAUCUUACACUUUCAGUUAACGCUAUACACCGAAACCGUCAACAAGCGCGCAGUGUGCCAGUGCGAGAGAGACAGCGAUACGGUGCGCGAAAGAGAUAGCAGCACGAGCGGGAGAAAAGUACCAGUGCUCGGAAUCUAAAGCCAAAAAACCGGCAGAUCGGAAAUGAAGCAAAAACGUGAAUACAAACGGUGUUAUCUAAAACAACAUAAAUAACAAAAUUCUGGAAUUGCCUUGUUGUAGUGGCGGCAACAACAAAACCAAAACCAAAACGCAGUGAACAAAAAUCUGUUGUUUCGCUAUCGCAAGAUCAUAAAACCGAAAGUCGGAAAACAGCAACAAAACAACAACUAACAGCAGCAGCAAUAUCACAGCAGCAACAUCAAAAACAAAACCAGCAAAAUGCGACGUCACACAGUGUGAUUCAGCCCCUCUCCCUCGCUCCUACGCCCCUCCCGCUCGCACACCUGCUAAUUUUUUUGUAUUCGCUCUAAUUACAACCGAGAUCAUCUCAAAACCCUCCGAUCCCCCGACGAGCGCCUUAUCUCCCCUAAAUCCGGACUACUUGAAGUCGUCUUCGUCUCUUAUCAGCCAACUUCGGGUGUGCACUGAGAGAAAUCUGCCUAUCUUAGAUUGGGAUUCCCUGAGUCGAUUUCAAAGCAUAAGUUUUUCUCGCCGUGUACCCCGCUCUCCCCGUCCAUGGCCAGCAGUCACUCUCCUCGGGCGGCGGAGGAGACCCGAGUUCGGCUCGCCGGCCUGGUGGUCUUAUCUUAGGAGGAGUGUGCGAAGAAUUCGCGGCUGUAAUACGACACCAACAGCCUGCAGACAGACGCUCCCAGAUCGCCAAGUAUGUCGGUCACAGUCUUGUUGUCCGAUUUCUAUUGUUUUGAGUGCGAGAAAAUUAAUAAUAGACUUCCAAUUCAUUAAUAAGAAACAGACAAAGGCGGGGCGACAAUAUUAGCUUAGAGUGCAUUGGAGCAACAACUGCAAUUGGAAGCGAAUACAAGUGAGGACAGGAGUGUUUUUCAAAGUCGAAUUCCAGGGUUUACUGAACUUUCCUCCAAACGACGGAGAUAGCUACUGAGCAAUGGUGCGCCAGUUCUCGCCCUGGAAGGUUCUCACCCGGCGCAAGAAUCUCCAAGCAGAUGGCAGCGAGGGGGAUACGAAGCUGAAUCGAGUCUUGGGUCUAUGGGACCUCACUGCCCUGGGCGUCGGGUCGACCUUGGGAGCCGGGGUCUAUGUGCUGGCCGGACAGAUAGCCAAGGAUCAGGCGGGUCCCUCGGUGAUGCUAUCGUUUGCCAUCGCGGCACUGGCAUCUCUGCUGGCAGGAGUUUGCUAUGCGGAAUUCGGCGCUCGAGUUCCCAAGGCAGGAUCGGCCUAUGUAUAUAGUUAUGUCUGCAUCGGCGAAUUCGUGGCUUUUGUCAUUGGAUGGAAUCUCAUUUUGGAAUACGUCAUUGGCACGGCCAGCGUUUGUAGGGGAAUCAGCCUGUACCUGGACUCCUUACUGAAUGAUACCUUGAAGAACACUUUUGCCGAGGUUGCUCCUAUGAAUGUCAGUUUCUUGGGCAGCUACUUUGACUUUCUGGCGUUUGGCUUAGUGGUGGUUUUUGGCGUUGCACUGGCAUUUGGUGUGGAGACGUCGACUAUGGCAAACAACUUUGUGACGUGCUUAAAUAUAUUUAUUUUGGGAUUCGUCAUAAUCGCUGGCGCUAUAAAAGCCGACUAUUCCAACUGGACGGUGGAUCCGAGUACUGUGAGUGCGAAUUCUACCAUCGGAGAAGGGGGCUUUUUCCCCUUUGGAUUUGAAGGCACUCUGCGAGGAGCAGCCACCUGCUUUUUUGGCUUUGUGGGAUUCGAUUGCAUUGCCACCACGGGAGAAGAGGUUCGCAAUCCUCGCAAAAACAUCCCGAAAUCGAUUCUGCUCUCGCUGCUGAUUAUCUUUUUGUGCUACUUCGGAGUGUCCACUGUACUCACACUGAUGCUGCCGUACUAUAUCCAAGAUGUCAACGCACCACUGCCAUAUGCCUUCGAAUAUGUGGGUUGGCCAGUGGCCAUGUGGAUUGUCACCGUGGGUGGUUUGGUGGGCUUGCUGGCCAGUCUCUUUGGAGCGCUGUUUCCACUGCCCAGGGUUAUGUACUCGAUGGCCCAGGAUGGACUUUUGUUCAAAUUUCUGGGCAAAGUGAGCCCCAGAUUCCGAGUUCCAGUCACUGGAUCCAUUGUGGCGGCUCUUUUUACCGCCGCAAUUGCCGGACUCUUUGACUUGUCCCAACUGGUCAGCCUGCUCUCAAUCGGCACUUUGUUGGCCUACAGCGUUGUGGCCAUAUCCAUAAUGCUUCUGCGGUAUAUGGACUAUUGUGAGGUGGACGAGAAUCCAGGACAGAGGGAAGUCAGAGCCUCGGAAACCACUUCUUUGACCUCGAGCUCAGAGCGAUUCACAUUCGGUUCUGUAUGCACGCAACUCUUUAAUGUUCAUCGAGUCCGAGAGCCCAACGCAAUAUCCUCAAGGAUUGUGGGAGUGCUCUCUACGUUGUUUUGCGUUAUUGCCUUGGGUGUAGGAGUGCUAAUUAUGCAGGCACAUCCUUUGAUCGCCUCCAAGGAAGUCUGGGCCUUGACACUCCUGGCUGUGUUGGUCCUGCUGAUGUUUCUGGUGAUCCUUCUGAUUUGCCUCCAGCCGAGAGAAGCUCGUCGCAGAUUGUUCAGAGUUCCCUUUGUACCGAUCGUUCCUGCCAUCAGUAUCUUCAUCAAUAUAUAUCUGAUGCUUCAACUGGAUUCCUGGACGUGGAUACGAUUUGGGGUCUGGAUGAUUGUGGGUAUACCCGUUUUUCUUGCAUGCUGGUAUUUAUACGAUUGUAAGAAUCCGGAGAAGAGAAACCCCGAGAGAUGGGCCUUCUACAAGGCUCUAAAAGGAUUACAGGAAAGUCGGGAGCAGGAGUAUCAUUGCAUAUCCAAGGAGAGUGUCCUGACCCUAGAAACGCAGCUGAAGAAGAGUCCGAGCAGCAGCUUGGAUCGAAUUCAGAACCUAAGUGAUGUGGGCGACGAUUUAAUCGAAAUAAAGAAUGCCAACGGAAAGGUGUUCUAUGUGGAGGAUACCAAGAGUGAGAACUCCACUGCCACUUUGGGCUCCAACCCAGAGGCUCCAUCGCGGGAGGACGAACAGUCGGUAAUCGCAAUGUUGGACGAUGUCCUGGAUGCCGAGGAUACGCAGCAAAGCCAGCAGGAGCUGGACCUCCAACAGCAGAUGAUUUUCGAGCGGCAUUUCAGCCUGGACUCUGAAAUGUAUCCAAGUGUUAUAGAAACCGUGAUUGUGGCCACCGUUCACAGCAGCAGCGAUGAUGACGAAGUCCACAGUGGGAUUACCCUUAAAUUGAGUAGAUACGAUGAAUGCAAACUGGUCGCCCAUCGAAUGCUGGAGGACUUGUUCAAUAGCGAGGCUUUCUAUGAACAGUUGGAGAAACUUAAGGCCAAAGAGGUGCCUCCUGUGAAAGGGGCUGAAUUGGAGAAGGAAGCCGAACCUGUAAAUGAUUCUGAGGCUGCCGAGCCUGUGUUUGUACUCCAGCGCCUGGGCUCACACACUUCCCUCAUUUCCCAGGCCUCCACCAUUGAGGAUCCGCUGCAUUCGGCCAAGUUUAAAGACCGAUUAAGCCACAUCAUUAUGAAUGCCAAUGCCCACCAGGUGAAGGUAGUGGCCAAGAGAUCCGAGGACGUGGAUGGCGACGACCAGGAGGAGCAGGCUGAGGAGCCAAAAGCAAGGCCGCAGCUAAAGCAAUCGAAAAGCGAGACCGAUGUGCGUCGCUUAAUGCUCAAGGCCAUCAGUGAGCUGAAAAUCGAGCGUAAUGAGACUGGUAAUGCUGAUGAGGUCCCCACCGAAGUGCCCACCACCACAGGAAGCCCCUCAAAGGACCCAGUUUCCGGUGCAGUUCCUAUUGCGGCUCCAGUUGCAGCUCCAGUUGCAGCAGCGGGUGGUGGCAACAUACCGCGUCCACCUAAAUUCGAUCCGGUUCUGUACAAGACCAUCAACAGCAUUAGUUUACGCAAACAGCGACCCAGUUUGAAUCGCCAGCAUAUCGUGGAUGCCAAGAAUCCGGCGCUCGCAACAGCGCCGGAAUCGCAGACGGAGACGCGUCCGGAUCCUGGCGAGCAACCGGAGCCAGAGCCGUUGCCAUUCAAAGCCAAAUUGGAGGCCAUAUUGCAGCGGGGUCCCUCACACCGAACCCAACAACAUCCGGACUUGGUGCGUCGCCAACGUCCGCAGUCCACCUAUAUCGAAGUGGAGGAGGCCGAGGUCGAGAGCUGAGGGGUUCCCUACGUACCUGUGCAUUACGCUUCCCCAUGCCAACCCAUCCAAACC